ACAAGAUCGCUCUGUGUUCCUGACCUCUGUCUGUGAAAUUACCCUUAUCAUUCCUUUAUUGCGCCUUGCCUCCCCACAUGCUGUUCCUUGGCUCUUAAAACAGCAUGGGUUUGUGUGUUUGCUGUACUUCAACUUGUUGAAUACCAGCACCCUGCCCUCUGCAAAGGAGUGUUCAAGGUUCAGGAAGAUAACGAGAGGUGAGUGGCUGACGCAUAGCUCGUGUUAUGUUACCAGAGGCUCGUAUCAGAUUACGGUAGACAGCAGGUCGGGUGAAACCGCAGCUGCAUUCAGAUCGCUGUGGCUCGAGCAAACCAGGAACUGGGACUAACAAAGGAGUUUUAGAGAAGCUAACAGAGGCUCUUCCUGUUGUUUUUUCAAGACGAGCGUUACCAUGGGUAAGAAGACACAACACGGUCUGCUGCUUUUGCUGUGCUUUUUUGCCGGGCUCGUUCACUAUUCCACUGCCAUUGUGUUUUGGACAGCCAACGUGGAAAUAAGCUAUGUCAGCAGCGACAAUAAGACUGUGGACAAACGUUAUGAUAGGGGGCUGUACGGUCGUAACUCUCUGCUGAAGGAAGCCUCCGGCAUCGUAACGCUUCCCAAGGGAGACCCCACAGGCUGCGGCUCAGAUUCCGUCUACAGCCGCAAUUCCAGCUCACCGCCGUGGAUAGCCCUGGUGAGAAGGGGCAACUGUACCUUCAGCGAGAAGAUCAACGCUGCCAAACAUCAAGGGGCAGACGGCGUGGUGGUGUAUAAUGUGGACGGCGGCACCACUCACAUGUCACACUCCGAGGCAGCUGAUAUUGUGGCCAUCAUGAUUGGCAACGUUCAGGGCAUGGAGGUCGUCAGGUUGCUGAAGAAUGGGACAGAUGUUCACAUGGUUAUUGAAGUAGGCAGCCCCCAUGGACCCUGGAUGGACACCUACUGGCUUUACUUCCUGUCCAUCGCCUUCUUCAUCGUGACAGCGGCCUCCAUCACCUACUUUGUGUUCAUCUCUGCAAAUCGCCUCUACAGUCUCAACAUGCAUAGGCGCGCUGAGAGGAGGCUGAAAUCGGAGGCUAAGAAGGCGAUUGGACGUCUAAAAGUCCGCACGCUCAAGCAAGGGGAUGAGGAAACGACCUCUGAGUUCCACAUGUGCGCCGUGUGUAUUGAAUCCUACAAGGCAGGGGAAGUGGUGACGGUGCUGACAUGCGACCACAUCUUCCAUAAAUCCUGCAUCGAGCCCUGGCUGCUGGAGCGGAGGACCUGCCCCAUGUGUAAGUGCGACAUCCUGAAGGCCCUCGGGGUUGAGGAGGAGGCAAAGGAGGACGUUUCCGGUGAAUCGCCACCAGAUGCCACUGUGAUCACAGUGACAGGAGGGGAAGCCAUGUACGAGGUGCCACUGACUGACCCGGCGAGCCCUGACCCAGAGAGACAUCAGCAUCGCUAUGACAACAGGGCCUUCGAGGGAGACUCGGAGGCUGUGAGGGGAUGAACAACAGCAGCGGAAAACAAAACACCAGCAAACCGGGACACAGUCAGAUUCUCUGUUUGCAAUAAGAUCUGGGACGCUGCACGUUGAACCGGCACAAUGGAAUCUAACUGUAAUUUUCCAAUGGGAGAAGCAAUGUUGAUCUUGUAAUGCGGGCGUGCUAAAAUAGAUUUUCCGCAUAAAAUCCAAGGAUUUAAAAUCCUAAUGGACCUUGUGUGAUUAGCUUGGAUGCCAUUGCAUUUUCUUUGUGUCUGUCUUGGUGCAAGUGUGCAAUUAUUGGAUGCGUUCAUAAAGAUGCCUUUUGAGAUGGUUUGAAUAGAUUCUGAAAACUGAGCAGUCGUGGAGCGUUGCCGGUGUCAAAUUGCUGUUUUGCAUGGUGAACACACCGGCUCGACACUGGUUAGGGAGGAAGUGCAGCAGAGCAUUUGACUACCUGUUUGAAAUCAGGGCCAAAUUCCCUCCACCAGAAGCUUGUUAGCUUGCAUCGCUCACAGUCCCACGCAGCAGACCAGCGGCUUACAAAUCCUCAGCAUAAUUUAUACCUCUUAAUUCGGUUCAUUUUGCACAAUCGGACUUUCUUUCCAAUCUUUUUAAACUGCUGCGUGUUUUUCCAUUCAUCAGUUGUCAGGUCCUCAGGCUGGAUUUACAAACACACCCUUAUGAACACACCCUUGACUGGAAAUGCAGCAUGACACACAUUGCACUAGGAUGAGUGAAUAAUAUCACCUGAGGGGCUCGGAGUCUAAAGUAACAUGGUCUAUAUAACGUGUUUACCACAUGCACGACAGGAGUUUUCAAGCCCUUUAUAAUAAUGCUUCUAAUAGAGAGUCCCACAGUAAUAAGGCAAUUCAGGAAAUGUCAUAGGAACUGUAGAUGAUAUGCAGUCAAAUAUGUUAUCUGUCUGUUGGAUAGGGGGAAAUCAUCUUUAUGUGCAUUAUUUUUUUAAAUUAUAGAUAUAUAUAUAUAUAGAAAUACAUGUAUCAAUCAUGAAGCUCUGUCUGUUCCUAUUAAGGUUAUAAAUAAUAUAUAUACGGUCCUUUUCUAAACAGCUGAUUUUCAUGCACCAACAUUGUUUGUGCAUUAAAAUCCUUGUCAUUCUUGAACAGGUCUUCCAGGUUGUUCAUUGUGAAUUAUUUGGAAUGAAGUCCCUUCGGUCCUUGUUGGUCUACCUCUGAACUCUCGCAUAUGUAAAAUUUUUAACAUGUUUAAGAUGCUUGCAGAGAUUAAGUGUGUCCCUCGGUAAAUGGUAAGGCUUCAGAAUUGCGUCAUUUCCUUGUUUGCUGGUGGGGAUGUGCUGAAUAUGGUAGUUAAUAUACGCUUCGAUACUGAAUCGUUUUCACCAGUUUUACAGAUUCCAAGAGUCUUAAAUUGUUCUGUAAAAAUGAAUAUUACUUGCUGUAUUAAAUCACAUUGAUGCCUAUUAGAAUGCAAUAAAUCCCUCAGAAUGAGGACAACUUUA